AUGGUAGAGUUCAAAAGUGAGAAAAUGCAGAUGGAAACCAGGAGAAGAAUAUUACUCGACCCAAGCAGCCACGUCAACAUCAUCAACAACAGCCAGGACAACAGCAUCAACAACAGCCACGCCAACAACAUCAACAACAGCCACGCCAGCAUCAUCAACAACAGCCACGACAACAGCAUCAACAACAGUCACGACAACAACAUCCAAGACAACGUCAUCAACAACAGCCACGAAAACAACACCAACAACACCCAUGACAAUAUCAUCAACCACAGCCACGCCAACAUUAUCAACAACGGCCACGACAACAUAAUCAGCAAAUUCCACGAUAACAUCAUCAACAACAGCCACGACAACAUAAUCAACAACAGCCACGACAACAACACCAACAUCCAUGACAACAUCAUCAACAGCAGCCACCCCAACAUAAUCAACAACAGCCACGACAACAUAAUCAACAACAGCCACGACAACAACACCAACAACAUCCACGACAACAUCAUCAACAGCAGCCACCCCAACAACAUCAACAACAGGCACGACAACAAAAUCAACAGCAUCCACCCCAACAUUAUCAACAACAUCCGCGACAACAUAAUCAACAACAGCCACGACAACAACAUCAACAACAGACACGACAACAUCAUCAACAACAGCCACGACAACAUUAUCAACAACAACCACGAAAACAUCAUCAACAACGGAAACGACAAUAUCGUCAACAACAGCCACGACAACAUAAUCAACAACAACGACAACAUUAGCAACAACAGCCACAACAUAAUCAACAACAGCCACGACAACAUUAUCAAAGCAGCCACGACAAAAACAUUAACAACAGCCACGACAAGAUCUUCACCAACGGUAACGACAACAUCAUCAACAACAGCCAUGACAACAUCUUUACCAACAUCCACGACAACAUCAUCAAUAACAGCCACGGCAAUAUAA